AUGAUCGAAUCAAAUAAUCAAACACAUUUCUAUAAAACAUUAGUACUUACAAUGUAAAAUUUAUAGAAUUAUAUACAGCAACAUUACAUUCCAAAACGUUACGAUAAGAUUGGCAACUUCAAACCAGACCAUAAACCUAACUUAAAUGAAAUAUCUUGCCUCUCCUCUUAUGCUGUCAAUUAUAGAGACUGGAAGAAACAAUAUCAUGGUCUCAUAGGUCCCAUUAAUGCUUCUAGCGAGAAGAAACUGCCAUUUGUAGCUGAAACCAAUUACAUCGAAAUUUCUUCACUUAAAAAUAUGAAAAACAAGAUCCUAUCAUCCCCAAAUAAUUGUACUCUAUAUCUCACUAUCACUAGAGGUCCAUUCCCAAACCAACCAAAAACCCUGAUCCGAGAUACUACACACAAAUCCUAAUUUUGUUUACCCUAAUAAGAUAAUGCAUCCACUUAAAAUUUGGUUUAUAGUCAAAGAACAAAUCACAUCAAAAGCUUUGAUGGGUAUUAACCACACUACAAUAAAUAAUCUACAAUUUCAAAUCAGAGUGAGGACUUUGCUGAUCGUUUCUAUCACUCUUCAAUUGUCUAAAAAUUAAUGAAAAAAAGUUAGAAAUAAUAAAAUAAUUGA